AUUCUGGCUCACAUCAGCCCCCGAACCACAUUCAUGGGGGUGCAUCCGGUACAGAACUAGACCAGAGCCAGGGCCCGCAAACCACCGCGCCGCAGAGGUCCUGGCCGGUCUACCUCACGUGACCUUCGUGUGAACUAAGUUUCCCGGCGCGCGGAGUCCGGCGUGCGCCCAAUGGAGAAGCCGCUUUUCCUGGGCCCCGUCUUCGUGCAAAAUCCGGAUGGCAGCAUUGUUCAAGGAGUGCCGCCGGGCUUCCAUGAGCCCACGCCACCUGGCACGCCGCGCCUAGGCGCUGACAUGAACUUCAACUCAUUGAGCGCCGACAUCGUGCGCGUCCUGGCGCGCCAUGAAGCACUCUUCCUUUCCCUUAUGGUGAUGCAUUUGGUGGUGGUGUGCAGCUUCCAGUACAUCGAGCUCCAGUACAAGGACGAUGCGGUGAUGGAGUUAACUCUGAUCUAUCCAGAUCUGACUGAAAACACUAUUCGGUCUUUGCACUGGCUGGCCUUUGUCGGCGAGGCCAGCUACUCCAUCGCCUUCUUUGGCCUUGGCAUGGUGUGCGCCUGUGUGGCCAAGCCGGUACUCUACGCUAGGCACAGAAUGUCUGACGUUUCCGAGCUCAUGCGGGUGGUCAGUUGCAUGUGGAUUUGCCUCGAGCAGAUUUGCAGUGGUCGCCCUCAUCGGCACAUUGGGUCAAUUGCCCAUGGCGUACUUGAAUCGCUUCAACCUGCUGAUCUUCUUUCUGCGCUUCCUUUCCUACGCUUACGCGCGGUUUCUGUGCAACCUGCUGCGGACCAUAGACACGCUGCGUGGCGACACGUUGAUCAACGCAGACCCCUGAUGCUGAUCCCGAUGGCCCUGAAAUUCGGGGUCUGAGAUCGUGUGCCCAGUGAAACAGGAAGAAAAUGC